UAUGACUCUUGACAAUCAAUCACGACUCGGGGCCCUCAACUUCGAACACAUGUCUUCCUACUCCAACCCUCCGCAUUUCACCAACCCCUGGGCCGCGGGCCCACCUAGCCAACACCAUGGCAGCCACGGCAUGUACUCGCAAGGGCUCAAUGCCAACUUGGGUGGCCUCGACUCUAUGGCCAAGCAGCACGCCGCCAGGACAGGCACCAGUGGUGCCUCAAUGGCAUCAUAUGGGAGCAUCCCGGUGACGGCAUCUUCAGCAGAUCUUUUAAAUUUAAACCGAAUGCAAACAACGUCAGCUGGAUACGGAGAGCCCGCGUACGCGACAGCGACGGCGGCCUCUCCGGUAAACGCGACGUACUCGGCGUCACCGAAUUCCUAUGAUAGCGUAUCCGGGUACGCGCCGGCACCAAUGCGCUCAACGUUCGCUCUCGCGCCAGAAGCCGACAACCGAAGGUAUUCCCAAUCGUCAAUUUCUUCACUGCCGAUGGUCGAUCAUGGCUCAGACGCAUCUCGUUCUCACCGGAAUUCGUUGGUUGACUUGCAUCACAGAGGUAUUCAGAAUGAUGAUCGAAGGAGCUUUGCGGAUGCUCUCGACGCUGGUCAAGGUAUGCUUGCGAUGAGCCAAGAGACCCCUAGGGCGAUAUACCCUCCCGGAAACCGAGGCAGGGGCUCCGCCGACUCAUAUGGUUUCCCUUCGACACAUUCGACGAAUUCAUCCAUCUCCUCGGCGAGCAAUUAUGGAAGUGGAUAUUAUGCGGGGUCGGUCGAUUCAUCUGUGAGCGAUUACUCGACGGCAGGCUCUGAUAUUGAGUCGGUCACUUCCCGGACGUUACCUCGACCGAAUCUAAUGACGCAGCCUCCCCCUGCCCCUCAAUCAAUGAUGGGACAGUUCAGUUCGAAGGUUUCAUCGAGUACGCAAAAGAAGCACAAGUGCAAAGUCUGCGAUAAGCGAUUUACCCGACCAAGCUCACUUCAGACGCAUAUGUAUAGCCAUACGGGCGAAAAGCGUGAGUAUUGAAACCUUUAGAUGUGCGAAGCCGAACCGAAAGCUGACAUGAAAGCAUAGCGUUCUGUUGCGAAGUUGAAGGU